UAUAAAUCUUGGAGAGAAGAAACUCCAGCCAACAAUGGAGAGGACGCGAUUCCAAUUUCAGAGUCUAAAGAUGGAUGGCGAUCGCGUGAGUAUAACUAUCAAGGAUAGUGAAAUCUGGGAGCAGAGGAGGGCCAGAUUGAAAGCGCUUGAGUUGUUAAACAAACCACACCGCCCCGCAGAACUCAAAUUGCGUGUGAAUCCGCGGCUACAAGCCGCCGUGAAAGGAGGUGACGUCGAUAACUUCAUCGAGGCCCUCGAGAAGUACUCCGCCGAAGAGAGGGUCUCUUUGUCCGAUAUCAUAGACAUGCAGGGGCCGUCCGGGAACUCGUUGCUCCAUGUUGCGGCAGGCAUCGAGAACUCUGACAUCCUCCGAGCCCUCCUUGAGGUCAUCCCCGACAAGCAGAGCACCACCAAGGCGAACUUCCGAGGGGACACUGCGCUCCAUGUCGCAGCCAGAGCUGGAAGGAUCCACGUGGCCAAGCUCCUCCUCGACUGCGAUGGGAUCGCAGGCAUGGCGAACGACGUGGGCAACACGGCGUUGCACGAGGCUGUGAAGAACAGUCACUACGGGUUGACUCGUCUGCUCCUGAACGGAGGGUCGCAUUUGGUGUAUGAGGAGAACAGAGAGCGUAAGUGCCCGCUGUAUUUGGCGGUCGAGACGGGGGACUCGGGGAUUCUGGUGCUUUUGAUGGAGGCGGUGGAUAGGGAUGAUAAGUUCCGGUGGUCGAGGGUGGAAGGCAUGUCGCCGGUUCAUGGAGCCGUGAUGCAUCAAAGGUUAGAAAUGCUAAAAGAGAUGUCGAAGCGAAAGAAAGAGCUAUUUCACUUAAGCGACGCCGGAGGUGGUACUCCCCUCCAUCUGGCGGCAUACAUCAAUUAUGUAGAAGGAGUCAAAUUCUUGGUCGAGGAGUUCGCUUCAAGCACUGUCGAAUACGAUAAAGAGGGCUAUCUUCCGAUUCACGUCGCAUCCAAGAUGGGUCAUCUCGAAACGAUCAAGGAGCUGCUUCUGCAUUGGCCAGAUCCGGAAGAGUUGCUGAACUUUAAGGAAGGGCAGAACAUACUUCACGUCGCGGCAAAGUACGGAAGGGCCUCCAUAGUGAAGUACACACUCGGUAAUCCCGAGCUUGAGAAGCUCCUAAAUGCGAAAGACAAGGAAGGAAAUACGCCUCUCCAUGUGGCCACAUUGCAGUGGCAACCCGAGGUUCUGCUCUCCCUCACCCGGCACAACAGGGUCGAUCUUAAGCUUGUGAACAACAGCAACUUGACAGCUCUCGACAUUGUAGAUGAGCAACUGAGAAAAAUCGAUGCUCCACUUCACCAGAGCUUGACACGAACAAUCUUACUGUCUGCUGGAGCACCUAGAAGCAAAGACAAAGCAAUUUGUCAACCAAAAGGCUUAGGUCCGGGGAAAGAUUUGGUGCCUCCGGAUUUGGAUAGACUAAAGGAUGAGGCCAAUUCCCGUAUGGUCGUGGCAACGCUCAUUGCUGCUAUGACAUUCGCUGCCGGCUUUUCUAUUCCUGGAGGAUAUAAUGGCUCUGAACCAGAUGCGGGGAUAGCCACGAUGUUGAACAAGCCCAUGUAUGACAUCUUUGUGAUUUGCAACACCGUUGCCAUGUUCAGCUCGAUAAUUGCAGUUGUGAUCCUUCUCUGGAGACAGAUCAACGAUUCGCACGCGGUGCUUCACGCCCUUGGAAAGGCGAGGCUACCGCUACUCAUUUCUCUCGCCUCAAUGUCCGUGGCCUUCAUGGCGGGGGUCUACGUGACCGCAAGCAAACGCACUUGGAUUGCCGUCAUGACCUUGAUCAUCGGAAUCACCACCCUCUUCGUCAUCUUGAGUCUUUAUGUUGCCUUUUUCGUUCCGCUUGGGUACAAUUGUCGUCUCGUCCAGCUCCUUGCCGACUACAUCAUUAGAGCUGGUAUAUCAAUUUCAAGAAGUGUAACCGUAGAGAGGGCCACGUGGCAGCCUGAGUAUACUCUUGGGAUGCUGAAACCUGGUGCCUGAUCUGCCGAUAUUGAUCCAGCACCAUCAAUAAAUGUCGCUGAUGAAAGCUCAUGUUGUUGAGGCUUC